UUGACCGGUGAAGGAAACAAAAUGGCGUCYAUGACAAGGACUUUGGCUGUUUUUGGUCGUUCGGCCACGAGAUUCCGCUGUGUUAGACAAUCUAUGCUACGUGGAGGUUWCGAAGAGGGCCCAGGAACGAAUAUGCCAUUUCAAACCAAGAACAAGACAAGAUUACUGAUUGUAAUGUGCUCAUAUCUUGGAACGUGCUUCACUCUACCAUUUGUUGCUGUUAGAUUCCAAAUGGCAAAGCAAGCUGGUGAUUGAUCCAAGAAAAGCUUCAAGAAUUUAGACUGUUUCUUAAAAAUGCUGUGAUCUGUUGGUGUUUUGAGUGUGAAUUUGAACUUUUGAAAACUAUGUACAUGACAUUAUUUGUGAUAAAAAUAUUAAGUGUCAUUAUUAAACAAUUUCUUYAAUUGUAAAA